AUGUUCUCCUGCUUCCGUCGCGACUCGCGCCGCGGCGUGUCCCGCCGCGAGGACGCCGCGCACAAGUGCGUGGAGGUGCACCACUCCUCGCCGACGGAGGACUUCGCAGGGCCCCUCGGCGAGAGCCUGCGGGGCGGGGCCACCACGCAGCAGGGCUCCUCGCAACUGGAGGAGCUCUCGGACGGCCUUGAGUCCCGCGGCCACCAGAGGCGCUGCGCGAUGCUGGAGAUCACGCCGGAAUCGUCCCGCGCAGAGCAGCAGCACAAGCAGGGGCGCUCGCGCAUGGCGCGCGGGUCCGCGGCCGGCGGCAUGGCCCCGCGGAUCGCCGCGCGCGACAACACGACCGAUCCGGCAAACCUGGUGUGCGUCGGGGGCGCCAUUAUGGAGGAGACGCCGACCCCUGGCACGGCGCACACGCGCUGGGUUUCCACCCCCGGGAACGCCGGAGCGGUCGAGGCGGAGCGCGCGAAGGGGGAUGCCAAGUGGGACAAGCUCCUGGACGCCGAUUGGCGCGGAUCGGAGCGCGGGACCCUCGUGUCCGCCAUCCUCGACGGGCCGAACUGA